AAAUUUGAUAUUUAAAUAAAAUAAAUUGAAAAAAUUUUAAUAUUUUACCUUUUUUUUUAGAAAUGUGGGGAGUAUUUAAAAUCAUUGCUAUUACCCCUAUGUUUGACUAAAGAAUAUUCGGAAACGCUGGCAAUGGAGAACUCAUCAAGGUAUCCGAAGGUAAGGGUGAAGGUUGAGGAGGAAGAAGACGGGAAUGGUUAUGGGUUGGGUUUUUUGUCAUAUUUGAAGUCCUAUGAUGCCCUUUCCAAAGAUGAUUAUCCAACCUCCAUCGCAAGGAUUCCCACGGCGCACAUAUCGGGUUCUUCCAAACCCGUAACCUCUACGUCCACAGGAAAUUCAAAGAGCCAGAAAACUUCAAGUGAAAUGGAAGCAAAAACCAGAGCUGGUUUAGUGUCAAGGCCCCGAGCGGUUUUAUCCAGUCCCGAUAACGAUAAAAUGGCGGGAACGACGUUUGACAAGCCCAGGGCUGCUACUAGUAAAAUGGGCCGGGGUAGUUCAAGUAAAGGAGCCCAAGCCCAAUUCAAAGAGAUUCGUAAAACAAUCAAUGCUAAAAACUCUUUAAAGGCCCGAGAUGAUGGUGGGCCAGGCCGGGGUUGUCCAAGUAAAGGGGCCCAAAGUCAAUGCAAAGAGAUUCCCAAACCAAUCAAUGCCCAAAACUCUUUAAAGGGCCGAGAUGUUGGUGGGCCGGUCAGUCAGGUCAAACGAAAGAUAGCGAGUACAGUUAAACAGUCCAAGUGAAGGACAAAAGUGUCAAUUCCCACACAAGAACGCCACCAAAUUGUGUAUAUGGACAAAAAUUAUUGAUCCGGAGUAUUUAAUUACUCGAUAUUGUGUCUAGGUUUAGAGAGGUUAGAGUGUAAUUUAACUAAUCUUAAGUCUAGUAACUAUAGUGUUGAAAAGAAAAUGUCUUUAAAAUG